UAUGAAGAACUGCUAUGCUCUCCCUCUUUGGUGGGUGGGCUUCAACAACAACUAUCAAUUUGCUUCUUAGCGGUUGACAUUCUCCUCUCCAUUACAGCAUUUGCUGGAAAUUUUCUUAUCCUUGUGGCACUUCAUAAGGAAUCUUCCCUGCAUCCGCCGUCCAAACUCCUGUAUUGUUGUCUGGCAACAACUGAUCUGUUAGUUGGUCUUGCUUCCCUGCCUCUAUAUGCUCUAUAUUGGAUGUCCGUGUUUCAAGAACACUGGAGCCUUUGUCGAUACGUAAGGGAUGCAGCCUACAUCACAGCCUAUGUAUUGUUUUUAGUGUCUUUGAUGACGAUGACGGCCAUAAGCUUGGACAGACUUCUCGCCCUGUUGUUGGGACUGCGAUACAAACAAAUUGUAACUUUGAAGCGCACGUAUAUUAUUGUAACUACCUUUUGGGUUUUUAACCUUGUCGCCUCUUUAUGUGGAAUUUUUCAUCACCGUAUAAUCUUUAUGUACAGCUCCCUAGUUAUAUCAUUUUGCCUGGUAAUAUCCUUCGCAUCGUACACAAAGAUUUUUUGCACUCUCAGAUAUCACCAAGCACAAGUAGGAGAUCAACAACAGCUGAACCAAACAAAGGCACUGAACAUGGCGCGAUUCAGAAAAGCAGUAUACAGUGCACUGUGGGUGCAGUUAGCAUUAGUUGUUUGUUAUGCACCAGUAUGUACAGUGAAUAUUGUGAUCGCUCAUACCAAAAAAUAUUCAUUACUCUUAUUCGUCAUAAAUAAAGUAGCAAUUAUUUUACUUUGCUUCAACUCAACGUUAAACCCGUUCCUAUACUGCUGGAAGAUUAGUGAAGUGAGACAAGCAGUGAAGCAGACAAUUAGAGAAGCACUUUGCUGAGUUAGGUUUUCCUCGAGUUCUUCAGACUUUGAAAGCAAAGUCAUUAAGUCACGAUUAUUAUUGGAGAGCAGUCGUUAAAUACGUUUUUGGAUAAUAGUAAAUAAGUGGCUCAAUAGAAUAGUUGCACAGGCUGUUGUCAAAAGUCUUUAUAUCACCGAGAACAAUUUAACAACAGACUAGGUAACCCUAGCUAUGUGUUUUUCAAAAGAAAGGUUUCUAACCGCUAUGCUAAAAUAAGAGAUGUCACAAUGCAAGAAAAGACAUGUAAACAUUUUAAUUACAUGUUUUCUCCUCUCUGCAAUAUCAAUGCAUCAGAUGAAACUUCAAAAAAGUAGUUUAAAAGUUUAUUUCACGCAUUAACGAAGUGAUAAAAUAGAUAUUUUAAGACUUAGGAGUCCCACAUCAUAUUGUAAAACAAAAAAAAUAUAGCCCAUGUCUUUGUGUUUGCCAAGGGAAUUCACUUUCAGUGCCAAUUUGAAAUUAAACUGAAACGUUAUCUACGGUAAACAGCAGCUGGUUGCGGCAAACAUGUUCUUGUUUAAUUAGUUUAAAUGAUUCCGUCGCUGUACUGAAUUAUCAAAGAGAAUUAGAAGGAAAAUUCCCUGGGAAGGAUCUGUUGUUGAAGGAGGGAUUGACGACUCUUUUAGCGAUUAAAUCUUUCAUCUCGUUUGUCUGUCAUCUAAUCCUCCGUCGAUAAGUAAAAUGACUAACAUGAAGUCGGUAUAAAAUAUUGAAUCGAUAGAGAGUAAUUUUUCUGCUAAAAGGAAAUUUGGUUUGACUCCAAACUUAAAACGAGGCGGCGUGUCUGUUGCGGUGAAGUAAUUUCUCCUUAACUUUGACAGGGUAUUUUUAAGAAUUGUUUCGUGCGUCAGUGUGCGGUCAUUAAUAUAUGAUGCACGCAGGACGUUUGGAGAGCGUGAAAGAUACGCAAGAGUUGCUUAACACGCAACUAAGAGUGAUCGUAGGUUCAUAAAUAAUAAAUGCUGUUUAUGUCGGUUUAACAAGGUGCGGGUUUUAAUUCAACUUCGCCUUAGGAAUUACUCAACAAUAUUCACUUCAUCUCCAGCAAAUAAUUAUGAAAUAUUUUUAUCGAGAGUUGAUAGUUUUUAAGUAUCCAUUCCUUCAUUUUCCUUCUCGAUCAAUAGAUUACUGGACUGUUUGUUAUGGAUUUGACAUCCUCAGCUUAAACCUAUGGGGAGAAUAUUUCAAUUUAAUUACCUUUCAGUGCUAGUUGGUGCUGAAACUGAAAUUCACUGAUUGAGAUUAAAAACUUGUCGCAGUCCACCCAAAUGCUUUAGUAGUUCAAUAAGCUGCAGUCGCUGUUCGGAGGAAAUGAAAAUUUCCUGGAUAAAACUCCUACUCUGUAUUAAAGAAUUGGAUGAGUUGUUGGUUUGUCUAUCAGCAAUUUUCCCGUCCAAAAAUAGAACAACGGAUCUAUAUAUUUAAACUUAUUUUCGAAAAUAUUGCUAUUUGAAAAAUAUAUUAAAUAGUCUAUAUGUAUAUUUUCUUUUCUCAACACAAAGUGUCUCUUUCUGAUGAGAAAAGAAAAGAUAUAUUUAUUUAUGAUAUGUAUUUCCAAAUAUGAAAGGUUUUUAAAAACGGGUAUUUACAUACAUGUAUAAAGCCGAAAGAGACGCAGUCAUGUAAACGAGGCCUAAUACAAGUCUGAAUCUGCCGUGGCAAGCAGGUGUCUUCUUAACAACUUAUUCGUUCCUUAGUGUCCGUAAUAAAGCACGAGGCAAUUUUAGAGAGUGUGAAAUAUGGGUCAGGGUUGGUGAAGACGAAGCUUCUCCUAGAAUGUUGAUAAGCUUUGAGCACCCAUCUCUUCAUUUUCCAUCUCGGUUAAUAAAUUAUGCUGUUUACUUUAUUAUCGGGAACUACUUGUCAUCCCCUGAGGAGAGUCAUUAAUUGCUCAAGAGAAUCGCAGGAGCAAAAAUUUAAUAACUUUCCUUUCACUAUCGUAGAAAAUGGCUUGCUGGCGUGAUGACUUGAUCUUGUUACGAUUUUGUUUUUAGUUCUAGUCGGAUACGAAACAGAGAGAAAAAAGCAACAAAGCGCAAUUAGAUACACGGUGAUUUUCAAAUAUUUUGAAACAAGUUUGUAUGUGUGGCCUAACAUUAAUUUUAAAUAGUUGUAUAGUCUACGUGUCGCACCAUAAAAAUACCAACUUAACAGAUAUUUCUAUAUUUACCCUUAAUUUCUAUUUCAUAGCUGAGGCACCCAAAGGUUCCCGGGAAAAAGUAAUAUUUUUGAGCCAACAGAAAAUUUAUUGCUGCAUUGUAAAUGUGUAAGUCUUUAUGUGAUUGUUCCCUAGGAAGUAAGGCUUCGGUAAUCCUUUGCUGCUAUUUUUCGUUGCAAGAACAGAAACCUACAAGAAAAGGGAAACGCCGAAGACAGAAUUAUGUCGACAACAAAUUUCAAUAGGGGUAGAAGUCACAUGAAAUCAUAUCAAGAACUGCUAUGUUCUCCCUCUUUGGUGGGUGAGCAUCAAAAACUAUCAAAUUGUUUCGCAGCAGUUGACAUUAUCCUCUCCAUCACAACAUUUCUUGGAAAUUCUCUUAUCCCUGUUGCUCUUAAUCUUCCCUCCACCCGCCGACCAAACCCUUCUAUCGUUGUCUGGCAACAACUGACCUGUUGAUUGGUCUUGUUGCUCAGCCUCUCCGUGUUACUUAUUGGAUGUCGGUGGUUCACAAACAUUGGAGUCUUUGUCAUUACGCAUGGGAUGCAGCCUACAUUACAGGAGUACAUGUGGAGUUUCUUUGCUGACGAUGGCGGUGAUAAGCGUGGACAGACUUAUCGCCCUGUUGUCGGGGCUGAGAUACAAAGAGAUUGUAACUUUGAAACGCAUUUAUAUCACUAUAGCUAGCUUUUGGGUUUUAUGUCUUGUCGCCUCUUUAAGCACCAUUUUCGAUCGGCGAACAACCGUUUUGUAUGCCUUGAUAUUGAUACCACUUUCGCUGCUUAUUUCACUCGCCUCGUGCACAAAGAUAUUUCGCACUCUCAGACAACUCAGGCACAAGUACAAGAUCAUAUUCAACAACAGCUGAGCCAACCAAAUGUACUAAACAUGGCGCGAUACAGAAAGGCAGUGCACAGUGCACUGUGGGUACAGUUAGCAUUAGUUGUUUGCUAUACGCCAUGCUACAUAGUGGGAAUUAUAGUCACUUAUAGCACAACAUAUUUAUCACACUUAGUCGUCAUAUUGCAAAUGGCAACUAUCUUAGUAUUCUUUAAUUCGACGUUAAACCCGUUCCUAUAAUGCAGGUGAAGACUGCUGAAGUGAGACAAGCAAUGGAGCAGACAAUCAGACAAGCACUUUGCUGUCCAUGGAGUUAGACCAUUCUCGAGUUAUUCAU